CACAUACGCUUCUUUUAUAGUCUCUCUCUCUCUCAUUCUCUCAUACUGGGAUUAGGGUUUUUUUGUUUCCAUUGUUCCUCUUCAUCACAUAAUCCCUCAUUCGCAUUCUGUUUGGAGAAAACCUAGCCGCAGACCAUGGAUUCUCAUCUUCAUCUUUAAGGUAUUCGAUUUAGGGUUCCGAUUGGGAUUAUGACGGUGACUCGGUUUAUACUUAAUAUUAUGACGGUGAUCUCUCGAUCUAAAUCGACUGAUAUGACGAACUAUGGUUUCUCUUCAUCUCUCUGCUCUACUUCUUCACUCAUUCAAUUCAACCUUCUUCAUCAGAGAGGUUUGAUUUAUCAUUUUUAUAUCUCAAAAUCAUUGUUGAUUUACUUUUAUUUAGUAACUAAUCUUUGGUAUCUCUCUGUCGUUCAUCAAGUCGCCGCUACCUUCGCCGUAUUUUUGUCUGGAUUUGUCCCGAUUGUAGUUUAUCUACUUAAAGGUAGAUAUUGGGCGAUACAAGAGACAAGAAGAUUAAGUGAGCAUAAUCUAUAAUGGAUAGCGGAAGUACGCAACAUCCGACGAGCUUGAAGGAGAAGAAUUGGUGUUGAGAGUGACAAGUGGUGAUUAGAUACAAAUGAAGCUGCUUAAGAUGAUUGAUCGAGUAUUGCAAGGAUCUAUGUGCUUAGAUUGGAGGCUGCUGGCAUGUUGAGUUUAUCCUCUUCUGUUUUCCUUUUAAACUUGAGCACUCUUCAACUUAUAUUCUUUUUUUAGGCAUGUAAUCUCAUAAUGGCAUGCGUCUAUAGUGCGGCUACGAGCCAGACAAGACGCUGGAAUUUGUUAUGUACAAUGGAUAUUUUAUAAUGUACAUCAAAGUUGUAAAUUA